GCGACUAACCUAGCUCGCGACUUCAUUCGGUCCAACAACGCGAUAAAGAAUGCUGGUCUGACGUACGAAACGUGAAAAUUUUCAAGAACGACCCCGUGUAUUGUGCCUUUCGGUGUGGUGGCGUUUUUCCGACCGUUUUCCAACGAGAUUUUCCACGAUGACUAGAACUAUGUGUGUCGGAAAAGCCGCGGGGAUUUUCUUUGUGCUCGUUUCAUUAGGAUUUGUUGACAAGGGUUACUGUGAAUUGAUAGACUCAGAUUUCAUCCCACAAGUAUCCGCCACGUGCAAACAGGAGCAUAUGAGCAUAAGGGUAGCUUUCAACGGCAGCUUCAACGGAGCUGUUCACGCUAGAGAUUUCAGGACACCAGCCUGCAUGUCACAUGGAGACGGUGGAAAACUGGUCACCUUGGACAUCAACUUGGCAGCUCAGCAAGGAUCUCCUGACUACUGUGGCCUUUUGGUCAAUAACAGAACCGACGAAAGAUCCGUCCCCAUCGCCGUCAGGAUCCACAAGACCCUAGAACUGGCCGACGACAAAUUCUACGUCAUCACUUGCGGCAAAGCCAGCUUCAAGAACGCCAAGAACGAGACCUCCUCCGUAUCCUUGAAGAUCCUCGAUGGCACGAGGAAGGUGGCGCAGACGGUCUACUCGAAAUCCUACACGUUGAGGGCCGAAAUCUCCAGACCGGACGGCAUCCACGGCUUCAGGGUGAAGAACUGCAUCGUCUUCAACAAGUUCAACACUAGCGCGCCUCUGAUCGACGAGAAUGGCUGUCCGGCCGAUAAGGAAGUCAUUAGCCAGUUCGCGUACAACGACAAUAAAGGCUACGCCACUGCCGAGAUCAAGUCUAUGUUUAGGUUCUCCGAAGGUUCCGAUGUGCAUUUCCAGUGCGACAUAGGACUGUGUAGGGGAGCAUGUCCGGAUCCUUCUUGCAAUGGUGCUAAAUCCAAACCUCUCCCGACAGACGAAGGUGUUUUCAUGGCGUCAACCAGCGUCUUCGUAAUCGAUCCAGGUCAAGCUCCCUUGGUAUCUGAGCUUUGCGAUGAUGUGGGAGGAGUCAGACCAUCGUGGCUUCUUUGGUUGUGCAUCACUCUGGGUGUUCUCUUCCUGAUCAUGCUCAUCAUCAACAUCUUCCUUUGCUCAGCGAUGACCUGCGCCUGUACCAGUACCGAAAUCAUAGACAAGGAGCCUAGUAUCAUCGAAGACUACGACCCAUACAGAUCAUGGCAUGGUAGUCAAUAUGGAUCUAGGUACUCGUUGAAUGGCCCCCCACAACACCCCAAAGGCUACACCUCUGGCGGUUCGACCAUGAAUUCCGCCAGGUCCGUAUCGUCCCAUAGCGAUCACUACGCCAUCGUACAUUCCAGGCCCGGAUCGAGGUACAAGAAUAGGGGACCACCUUCGCACGUAGGAAGUCAUUAUAGUGGAAAAUAACGAAUUAUUAAUAACGAAAGUAACCGAGAGACUCGAAAAUCAAAAGUGCCGAGAAGGAGGUUCAUUUCAGAUCCGAAGAAAACUACAUAAAAUAUUCUGGUCAACGAUAAGAAGAUAUUUUGAUUUAAACGAUAAGAUUUGGAUCUGAAAUGGAUCCUCCUAGCGAAUUGUGAUGUGAAAUUCUGAGAACUUUUCAUUCUAUUUAUAGGUUCAAUCGUGUAACACUCGUUCAAGGUGCGAGACCUGACUAAUCCGAGAUUAAUUUUUUUCGCUUGUACAAUUUUGUGAAUCUGAUUGGAAAAAUUUGGAGGAAAAUAUGCUAUUUUCGCUUUUUACAUUCUCCAAUACUCCGCUAAUGUGUCCAUAUCGUGGUGACAUUUCACGCCACUCGUACAGUACUUAUGUACAUAUGAAGAUGGAUUAAGAAAAUAUAAGAUACUUUAUAUAUAGUGUUUUUGUAUAGAAAUAAAUUGUACAUAAUGUUA